GUUGCGCAUGCGUACUUAGCACUUUAGACCACCCAUUUAUUUAUUGAACGCCAACAUAAAAAAAUCAUCAAAUUUUCCUUAUUUUUAUUAUUUACCGAAGCAAUAAAGAGCAUUGAAAUCAUGUCCGAAGGAGACACCAAUACACCCACCGGUGAGAUCGACAAUGAUGAUCCUUUGUAUAAACCACCUCCCGAGAAAAGCAUCGAUGAAAUUCUGGCUGCCGACCAAGAAGAUGAGAGCUUAAGGAAAUAUAAAGAGGCUUUGUUGGGGCAAGCUCAAUCAGGAACGAUUGUAGUUGAACCCAACGAUUUAAGAAAAGUCUUGGUGAAGCGAUUGGUCUUGGUUGUCGCGGAUCGCCCCGAACUCGCUUUAGAUUUGACCGGCGACAUCUCAAAAUUAAAAAAAGAAACGUUUUCCAUUAAAGAGGGCGUCUCUUAUAAGAUUCGUAUCGAGUUUAUCGUGCAAAGAGAAAUCGUGCACGGCUUAAAAUACGUGCAAAAAACUUAUAGGCUCGGAGUUCCAGAGCUUACUGAACCAGUGGAUAAAAUGACUCAUAUGGUUGGUUCUUACGCCCCAAAAGGUGAAAUUCAAUCGUACACAACACCGUCGGAGGAUGCACCUUCCGGAAUGAUGGCCAGAGGUGCAUAUACGGUUCAAUCUCUUUUCACCGAUGACGAUAAACACGAGCAUUUGAAAUGGGAGUGGACGUUUGAAAUUAAAAAGGAUUGGAAAGAUUGAAAAUUGCGAAAAAGGUUUACGGAAGAUAAUAAUUGGGGUAUUAAAAAAUCAAAACAAAAAAAAGGAAAUAAAUAAAUAGACCAAAAGUAUUAAAAGCCAUAAAAAAUAAACCAAAACCCGCCUUUAAAAAAUUAAAGAAUUAAAUAUUAAUGUAAUAAGAGAACGUUUUAUACCCAAACAAUAAAUAAUUUAGGUGCAUUUUGAGGUACUUUACAAAAAAAACCUUUAUAAAACCUUUUAUAAUAUUAAAGAAUCAAAUUUUAAAGCAUUUAUAAAUUUUUGUCCUUUAAAAAAACCAAAAAUUAGGUUUUAAGAAUUUUUUUAAGGUUAUGUUAAGCGAUUGGUGAAAAGGUGCAAAUAAAAAUACCUCUACAUAUACUUAUCAGCUUUCUUUCUUAUCUAUUUUUGUAUUUCGCAUAAUCGUUUUUUCAUAUUCAACUAAAAACCAAUAAAAGUAAUUAACAAUAA